ACAACACAGAACACAACUAACUAUUGUAACCACCUCUACAACAACUCUAUUCUCUGGAAAUUCUCUCCUCAUUCACAACUUUACAGGAGCGGCUACCUUCAGAUUUCAAGGUUACUUAGAGAUUUUCGUUCAAGAUGGAACGUCCCCAACUAGAUUGGCAGAUUCAUAAGACCAGUCUAAUAUCUCGAUUUAAGGAGCUCCAUCUUCAGAGUCAUUGGUCAGACUGUGCCUUCAGAGCAGGAGAUGAACAAACAGAGAUUCUGAGAGCUCACAAGUUGGUGCUGGCUGCUAGUUCUCCUGUGUUUGAAGCAUUGUUUUAUGGCACAUUGGCAGAAAAGAGUGAAAUCAUCAACGUACCUGAUCUUGAGCCGCAAACUUUCCGUCUUCUUUUGAAAUACAUCUACUGUGACAGUACAGAGUUAGACUGUAUAGACACUGCAGGACAACUGUUGUAUGCAGCUAAGAAGUACAUGAUUCCACACUUAGCUAGAGUGUGCCUAGACUACCUACUGGAUCACCUGUUCAUCAAUAAUUUAUGGGACAUUUUGGCGAUUGCAGAAGAAUUGCACGAAGAGGAACUACUCUCUUCUUGCCUCAAGGUGAUGUGCCAGUACCCUGGUGAUAUGUGGGUCAACCCUGAUGAGAACAUUGGUCUGGUGACAUUGAGUCGUCUGCUAGACCAGCCCAGUAUCAACCUACUGGAGGCGGAGUUGUAUCAGCUGAUUGCAGACUGGGCGUCAGCUCAGUGCUCUAUAAGAGAAAUCUCGCCGUCCGCCGCAAACAAACGAACGGUUGUCAACCAAGCAGGACUUCUUAGCAAAGUUCGUUUCCUCACCCUGUCUCUCACGGAGCUAUCCGACGUUGUGGAACCAUCUGGACUGUUGAGUGAAGAGGAGAUCAGGUCGAUUAAAACAUGCAUCAACAACAACAGCCUUGACAACAUCAGUUUGCCUGUUGGGUUCAACACAACUCGAGAGAUGCGGAAGCGCUUCAUGUCAGUCUCUUGUCGCUGUUUGCGACACAUCUUGACAAAGCGUAAGAGGUACAUGUACUCGGGGACAAUCAAAUGCAAAGUGAGCUCGGACACCAAAGUGAUGGUUACUGGCUUUGAGGUGUUCACUCGUAUAGCAACUACGGCUGACUACAUUAUGGGCCGAGGAUCAGUCAGUCAUUAUCCGGAAGAUCUAGUCGUAACUGUUUGUGACGAAGAAGGGAAUGUGAUCAAUCGGACCGAGUGGAGCGGAACGACAGCUUUCUUCAACGUCACACAAGAAGUGAGGCUGUCCCAGCCGGUGUGGUUUAUGCCGAGGCACGUUUACAUCGUAACAUUUGAGUUAUCUGCGGGACAGUAUCCGUUGAGCGAUUUAUCGAAUAUUGCGUUCACAAAGACUGUUUGCUUUCGGUUCAGCCAGUGUGAGCCGUCUUUUGAUGACGAGAGAGCUUGCCAAGACAUUGAUGUUAGUUUUAUCAGUGGUGUUAUUUUUAACAGGUAAAUGAAUCACUAUAAGUGAUAACAGGGUAAGUGUGAUACUUGUGCUUUAAUAAGACUAAUAUGUUCAAUGUAUCGUUUGUUAGAGUUAAGUUUGUUUAAAAUUAACUAGGGAUGGACGGGAU